UUGUGUCAGCCAUUUCCUCCAGCGAUCACUGGUAGGACGCUCCGACUGGCCUCCGCCACUUCACCCGCCCGGAGGAGACUGACGACCAGCGGCCCAGCCUGACUUUAACCGGGUGGAUGAGACACAGAGUCGGUGGUCGGUCACCGCCCUCCAGACCUCUGCAAGGCCCGCGGGAAAGAAGCGGUACAAGUGUGAGACAGCCAUGGCUUUGAAGAUUGUCAAAGGGAGCAUCGAUCGGAUGUUCGAUAAAAACCUCCAGGAUUUAGUACGUGGCAUUAGGAAUCACAAGGAGGAUGAGGCGAAGUACAUCUCCACUUGCAUUGAUGAGAUCAAACAGGAGCUCAAGCAGGACAACAUCGCUGUCAAAGCCAAUGCUGUGUGCAAGCUCACCUACCUUCAGAUGCUGGGUUACGAUGUGAGCUGGGCCGCGUUCAACAUCGUUGAAGUCAUGAGCUCAUCCAAAUUCACAUACAAGAGGAUUGGCUACCUGGCUGCCUCACAGUGCUUCCAUGAAAGCACCGAUGUCAUCAUGCUGACAACUAAUCAGAUUCGGAAGGAUCUCAGCAGUCCCAACCAGUAUGACACAGGAGUUGCACUCACUGGCCUUUCCUGUUUUGUGACGCCUGACCUUGCUCGGGACCUGGCAAAUGACAUCAUGACCUUGAUGUCUCAUACUAAGCCCUAUAUCAGAAAGAAAGCAGUGCUCAUCAUGUAUAAGGUGUUUUUGAAGUACCCAGAGUCCCUUCGACCUGCUUUCCCCAGACUCAAGGAAAAACUAGAGGACCCAGACCCAGGCGUCCAGUCAGCUGCUGUCAAUGUCAUCUGUGAGUUGGCUCGAAGAAAUCCCAAGAAUUACUUGUCUCUGGCCCCACUCUUCUUCAAACUCAUGACCUCCUCCACGAAUAAUUGGGUUCUUAUUAAGAUCAUUAAGCUGUUUGGUGCACUCACACCACUUGAGCCACGGUUGGGAAAGAAGCUGAUUGAGCCACUUACAAACCUAAUCCACAGUACCUCUGCCAUGUCUCUGCUGUAUGAAUGUGUCAACACGGUAAUUGCAGUGCUGAUUUCAUUGUCCUCUGGGAUGCCCAACCACAGUGCUAGCAUCCAGCUCUGUGUGCAGAAGCUGCGAAUCCUGAUUGAAGAUUCUGACCAGAACUUGAAGUACUUGGGCCUGCUGGCCAUGUCAAAGAUCCUGAAGACCCACCCCAAGUCUGUGCAGUCCCAUAAGGACCUCAUCCUCCAGUGUUUGGAUGACAAGGAUGAGUCCAUCCGCCUGAGAGCUCUUGAUCUACUCUACGGCAUGGUAUCCAAAAAGAACUUGAUGGAGAUCGUAAAGAAACUGAUGUUGCAUGUGGACAAAGCGGAAGGGACCACUUACAGAGAUGAACUUCUCACAAAGAUCAUUGAUAUCUGCAGCCAGAGUAACUACCAAUACAUCACCAACUUUGAAUGGUACAUCAGUAUACUAGUGGAGCUGACCCGAUUAGAGGGCACGCGGCAUGGCCACCUCAUUGCCUCUCAAAUGCUGGAUGUAGCUAUUCGGGUCAAGGCCAUCCGGGCCUUUGCUGUUACCCAGAUGGCCAUGUUACUGGACAACGCCCACCUGUUGACUGGAAACAUGCAGAGAAAUGGCAUCUGUGAGGUGUUGCAUGCUGCAGCCUGGAUCUGUGGCGAGUUCUCAGAACAUCUGGAGACACCUAUGCAGACGCUGGAAGCCAUGUUGCGGCCUAAGGUGGCCACCUUACCAGGCCACAUCCAAGCAGUGUAUGUGCAGAAUGCUGCCAAGCUGUUUUCCACUGUGGUCAAGAGCCAGGAGGGUAACACAGACAGCACAGCUGCACAGGAAACCAGCCAGCUGAUGAUAGACAGACUGCCUCUUUUUGUCCAGAGCGCCAACCUGGAGGUGCAGGAGAGGGCAUCUUGCAUCUUGCAGCUAGUGAAGUACAUUCAGAAGCUGCAGCAGAAGGAUGUAGAAGUAGCUGAAGAAGUCAGUGCCUUGUUUGCUGGAGAACUGAAUCCUGUGGCACCUAAGGCACAGAAGAAAGUACCUGUUCCUGAGGGUUUGGACUUGGAUGCCUGGAUCAACGAGCCUCCAUCAGAGAGUGAGUCUGAGGAUGAGCAGCCCAGAGCGAUUUUUACUAAGGAUGAGCCCAAACACUCCCGUUCACGGCACACCGAGGUGGAUGAGAAGGAACUGGCAAGGAGGAGAGAAGCCAGGAAGCAGGAGCAAGCCAACAACCCGUUCUACAUCAAGGCAUCCCCAUCAUCUCAGAAGGUGUACCAGGACACUCCUGGAGUGGAGCACAUCCCAGUUGUGCAGAUUGACCUCAGUGUGCCUCUCAAAGUCCCAGGUCUGCCUAUGUCUGACCAGUACGUAAAGUUAGAGGAGGAGCGUCGGCAGAAAGAGAGAGCCGAGAAGAAGAAGAAGGAGAAGAAGAAGAGGAAAGAAAAGCGCAGCGGGAGAGGGAAGAAGCACGAUUCUGGCCCAGAGAGCGAAGAGGAUAUCACACCAGCACAUAUGGUUGACAUCGUUACAGAGGAGAUGCCAGAGAAUGCCUUACCUAGCGAUGAUGAUGAAAAAGACCCUAAUGACCCUCACAAAGCCCUUGACAUCGACCUCGACAACUUGGUGGAAACUGCUGGGCGCAGACCACUUGCAGACAGCGAGAAGAUACUGGUCAGGUCACAUCGUCCAGCAGAGGUUCCAAAAAGUCCAAUGGAGGAUGGAGAUGCAGAAAGUGGCAUCUCACAGGAGCCUAAGAAGAAGAGCAGCAAAGAAAAGAGGGAGAAAAAGAAGGAUAAAGACAGGAAGAGGACCAAAGAAGAGAAAAAGAAGAAAAAACACAAAAGUCAAGAAAAAGAGGAGGACCUUCUUGGAGCUGUGCCAGAUGAGCCCGUGGUCCAAACAGAAGGAACCAAUGAGGUGGUAGCACCGCCCACUUCCACCAGUGCAGAGGUUUCGGAUCUGGAUUUCUGGCUCUCAAACGCUCCAGUGUCCUCUAACACCCAGGAAGCAGCAACAGUAGCAGCAGCAGAUGACGCUCAAGUCCCUAAGGCAGCUUCAGGGCCACAUUCUGACCCCGAUGAAUCCAAAGAUGCAGAGACUGAGGAGACUAUGUCCUCCAAGCACAAGAAGAAGAAACAAAAAAAGGAGAAGGAAGAGAAGGAGAAGAAAAAGAAGAAGAAGCAUCAUCACCAUCAUCACCACCACAGUGAUGGUGGCGGAGAGGAGUCUGUGCAGAAUGGCACUGUGGAGGAUGAGGAGCCUUUGCCGCCCAUGUCCAAUUACUGCUUGCUGGCUGAGAACUCCUACAUUAAGAUGAUUAUGGAAGAUGCUGAUCAGGUUUAUGACAUCCAAGGAAACUUGCAAGAUGGCAGUCAGGUGGUGGUCUCUGUGAUAUUUGAAAACAAAUGUGACAGCUUCCUCAAAUCCAUGGAGUUUAAUGUCUUGGACUCUCUCAACUCCAAGCUGCAGAGGCCAGAGGGAGCAGGCCCACAUGAUGGCCUCACUGUCCCCUUCCAGCUUCCACCCGGAGUUUCAAAUGAAGCACGUUUUGUAUUCACCGUGCAGAGCAUCAUCAUGCCACAAAAGCUGAAGGGAACCCUCACGUUCAUAGUGAAGAAUGAAGACUCUUCCACUCAUGAGAAAUUGGACUUCAAACUGCACUUUACAUGCACCUCUUACUUGAUCACUACUCCUUGUUACAGUGAUGCGUUUGCAAAGCUGCUGGAGUCGGCGGACUUGAAGAGCAGCUCUGUCAGACUCGAGGGUGUCAACAUGCCAUUCCACCAUCUACUGGCGAGGAUCUGCUUCCACCACCACUUUUCUGUGGUGGAGCGAAUCGACUCCUGUGCCUCUAUGUACAGCAGGUCCAUCCAGGGUCAUCACGUCUGUCUACUCGUCAAAACGGCUGGUCAGACAGUGUCCAUUGACGCAAAAUGUGAUGAGCCAACGCUGCUUGGGAAUGUGUUGGAUGAGAUCAAGCAGACCUUCUCUGAGUGCUGAUUGUGUGUGACCACCCCAGGGUGUCCCAACCUCCCCACGCCACCCCCUCCUUCACUGAAACACAUAAUCACGUUGCAAAACACUGCGGCCGGCACCUCCACUGUCGCCUUAUUUAUUAGUCCUCAGAUUCGCAAGAACCCCACUCCCCCAACCUUCCCUUCUGUUUGACUCCCACACUCUCUUCUGUGUUGUCACUCCCUGACAACUGAUGUCGUUUUACAGACACGCCGUGCAUCUGGUCUGCGUUUGCUGCAAUGCUGUUUCAGUUUUAUCAUCGGUUUUCUACUUGUCCCCCUCUUUUUCCUUCACCGCUCUGACUGUGGACUGAACUCCUGUUACCAUCAGUUUUUUUUUUUUCUCCUGUGUACUGUUCUGUCUUCAGUCCACCGUGUGACCGUAAUACAAAGUAAUCUUGGCAACUGGACUUUUGUUGUUGAAAGUUGAAUUGUGUUGUGACUGUUUUGAAUAUUAGUUUGUUUUUUGGUCUGGUUUGUUUGUGUUGUUUGUCUCCAUAUUUUGUCCGAAGCCUCUACGCCUUCUCCCCGUUACCCUUUCUUUGUUUCACUGAGUAAACAUCAGCAUGUGUGCUCCUCUUCUGUGCAAGUCUGGAAUUCAUUUUGACUUUUUUGUAAUUUUAGUAGUAUUAUUACUAGUGUUUAGACUGGCUCCAGUUGGAAAAAGCAGGACUUCAACCUGCUCAGCCACUGCUGACCUGGUCCCUGGAGAAGA